UGGAACCGGUUUUCAAUAUGCUUGCUUCCGUUGUGCUUGCCCGGUUUCUUUGACAGUGCGAUGGCGGCCGUGUUGUGGCACCAAAGCGUUGGCGUGCUGUACUUCCAUUUGAGUUCAUCACAAAGCCCACUGAGCCACAUUACGUCGCGGGCGCCUUCAUUCAUCGCGAUAUAUUCAGUCUCCAUUGUACUCUGA